AUGUAUCAAAUUGAAUCGGGGGGAAAGAUAACCAUUGCUGAAAUCCAAUCUAGGGUUACAGAGCAAAGAACCCACCUCUUCAAUUUCACACUUCACAUUCACAUUCACAUUCACAUUCAUCCAUCCAAUUCCAAUUCUCUCAAAAAUUCCAAUAGAGUUAACCAAUUUUCGGUUCCGCUCGCGUCUCAUUUCCCUAUAAAAGGACCCCUCGCAUCAUAGUUUUCUCAUUCACAAAAUCACUCGCACUCGCGCAUCACAAAAUUAGGGUUUGCAUCGCUAUUGCUCUCGCGAAUCGCGAAAUUAGGUUUUGCGGCGAUGAGUCGUCGAGGAAUGGAUCGUGACGAUGAAGACGACGAGGAGUAUGAGGAACAGGUUGAAGAUUUCGAUGAAGAGGAAGCUGAGGAGGAAGAGGAGAGAGGCGGUGGCGGUGGCGGUGGAAAGAAGCGGAGGAGGCCCAGUUUUAUCGAUGAUGAUGCGGAGGAGGUAGAUGAAGAUGAGGAGGAGGACGAAGAGGAUUAUGAUGAUGAUGAUUACGACGGCGGCGGCAAAGGAAGUAGCCGUAAGCGGCAGUAUAGGAAGGUUUCCGCUUCAAAUUUCUUUGACGAAGAGGCUGCUGUUGAUUCGGAUGAGGAGGAGGAGGAAGAAGAAGUCGAAGACGGCUUCAUUGUUGGGCCUGAUGUGCAAGACGAAGAUGAUAAUAGAGGAAGGCCACGUCACAGACAGCCACCCCACCAAGAAGAUCAUGAAGACCUUGAAGAGAUGGCAAGAAGGAUACAAGAGAGAUAUGGAAAGCAGCGGUUGGCAGAAUACGAUGAAGAAACUACAGAUGUAGAACAGCAAGCACUUUUGCCAUCUGUGAGAGACCCAAAGCUGUGGAUGGUCAAAUGCGCGAUUGGCCGUGAGCGUGAAACAGCUGUUUGCCUCAUGCAAAAGUACAUAGAUAAGGGGUCAGAAUUGCAAAUCAGAUCAGCUAUUGCUCUUGAUCAUCUCAAAAACUACAUAUAUGUGGAAGCAGAUAAAGAAGCUCAUGUUAGAGAGGCUUGCAAAGGUCUUCGCAAUAUAUUUGGACAAAAAAUAACACUCGUUCCAAUAAGAGAAAUGACUGAUGUGCUGUCAGUUGAAAGCAAAGCCAUUGAUCUUGCUAGAGAUACUUGGGUUAGAAUGAAGAUUGGGACAUACAAGGGGGACCUUGCCAAAGUAGUGGAUGUUGAUAAUGUACGGCAGAGGGUUAGAGUGAAACUAAUUCCGAGGAUAGAUUUACAGGCUCUCGCAAACAAAUUGGAAGGUAGAGAAGUUGUGAAAAAGAAGGCAUUUGUCCCCCCUCCUCGUUUUAUGAAUGUUGAAGAAGCUAGGGAACUGCAUAUCCGUGUUGAGCAUAGGCGUGAUGCCACCGGCGGGGAACGGUUUGACACCAUUGGAGGCAUGAUGUUUAAAGAUGGGUUCUUAUACAAAUCUGUAUCUAUAAAAUCCCUUUAUUCCCAGAACAUCAAACCUACGUUUGACGAGCUCGAAAAAUUUCGUAAACCGGGUGAAACUGGAGAUGUAGCCAGUCUGUCAACUCUGUUUGCCAACAGAAAGAAAGGGCAUUUCAUGAAAGGUGAUGCAGUUAUUGUCAUCAAGGGCGAUUUGAAGAAUUUAAAGGGAUGGGUGGAGAAAGUUGACGAGGAUAAUGUUCAUAUUAGACCAGAAAUGAAGGAUUUACCUAAAACUCUUGCAGUAAAUGAAAAGGAACUUUGUAAAUAUUUUGAACCCGGAAACCAUGUUAAAGUUGUUUCUGGUGCUCAAGAGGGUGCUACUGGCAUGGUUGUGAAGGUGGAGCAGCAUGUCCUGAUCUUAAUAUCUGAUACCACAAAGGAGCAUAUCCGUGCGUUUGCAGAUGAUGUUGUAGAGAGUUCUGAAGUAACCACCGGUGUGACUAAAAUUGGGGACUAUGAACUUCGUGAUCUUGUAUUGCUAGACAAUUCGAGUUUUGGUGUCAUAAUCCGUGUAGAAAGUGAGGCAUUUCAGGUUCUUAAGGGUGUUACUGACAGACCUGAAGUUGUGCUUGUUAAAUUAAGAGAGAUCAAGUGUAAGCUAGAGAAGAAAAUAAAUGUGCAGGAUAAGUUUAGGAAUACAGUAUCAUCAAAAGAUGUUGUGCGGAUUCUUGAAGGUCCCUGCAAAGGAAACCAAGGUUCUGUGGAGCACAUAUAUAGAGGGGUCUUGUUCGUCUUCGAUCGCCAUCAUCUUGAACAUGCAGGCUUUAUGUGUGUUAAGGCCCAAUCAUGUGUAGUUGUGGGAGGUUCACGCUCCAAUAGUGACAGAAAUGGUGAUGUACACUCGAGAUUCCCCGGUCUUAGAACUCCACCUCGCAUUCCACAGUCCCCACAUAGGUUUUCUCGAGGAGGGCCUCCAUCUGCUGGAGGUAGACAUAAUAGGGGUGGAAGGGGGCAUGAUGGUUUGACGGGUGCAACUGUUAAAGUACGACAGGGCUCCUAUAAAGGUUAUCGUGGACGUGUUAUAGAAGUUAAAGGAUCAUUCGUUCGGGUUGAAUUGGAAUCCCAAAUGAAGGUUGUAACCGUUGACCGCAAUCAUAUAUCUGACAAUGUGGCCGUUACCCCACAACGUGAAACAUCAUCUCGAUAUGGGAUGGGAAGUGAAACCCCAAUGCAUCCAUCUCGAACUCCUUUGCACCCAUAUAUGACUCCGAUGAGAGAUGCAGGAGCAACUCCAAUUCAUGAUGGAAUGAGGACACCUAUGCGUGACCGAGCUUGGAAUCCUUAUGCGCCAAUGAGUCCUCCUAGGGAUAACUGGGAAGAUGGAAAUCCAGGCUCUUGGGGGGCCAGUCCACAGUAUCAGCCAGGUAGCCCUCCUUCCCGGCCAUAUGAAGCACCAACUCCUGGUGCUGGUUGGGCUAGUACUCCCGGUGGCAAUUAUAGUGAGGCCGGAACGCCACGGGACAGUUCUGCCUACGCUAAUGCUCCAAGCCCAUAUUUACCAUCAACACCAGGGCAGCCUAUGACACCAAAUUCUGCAUCUUAUCUUCCUGGCACCCCUGGAGGACAGCCUAUGACUCCAGGAACUGGUGGUCUGGACAUCAUGUCCCCAGUAUUGGGUGGGGACAAUGAAGGGCCUUGGUUUAUGCCAGACAUAUUGGUCAAUGUACACAGGGCCGGAGAGGAGUCUGUUGGAGUUAUAAAAGAAGUUCUCCCGGAUGGUUCUUAUAGGGUAGCCCUUGGGUCUAACGGAAAUGGUGAAACAAUAUCGGCCCUUUCCAAUGAAGUGGAGGCUGUAGUGCCAAGAAAAUCUGAUAAAAUAAAGAUAAUGGGAGGAGGGACUUUGCGAGGUUCCACUGGCAAGUUGAUUGGUGUGGAUGGCACUGAUGGCAUAGUAAAAGUAGACGACACGUUGGAUGUGAAGAUUUUAGACUUGGUUAUUCUGGCAAAAUUAGCUCAACCAUGAGACUUCUUGUAGAGCAAUUGUUUAACAGGGACACUAUUAUCGUAGGAAUGAGGAUUUAACGAAACAUACGAAUGUGUGAUUGCCUCUUUUUCUCA